AUGACUGAAGUUGGUUGGUGGAAGCUGACCUUCCUCCGAAAAAAGAAAUCCACUCCCAAGGUGCUGUAUGCGAUCCCAGACACCUAUGCCCAAACGGACGGGGGCACGGAGCCCCCAAGGCCCGAGGGCGGCAGCCCCACCAGCGACUUUAACACCCGCCUUGAGAAGAUUGUGGACAAGAGCACAAAAGGCAAGCAUGUCAAAGUCUCCAACUCAGGCCGGUUCAAGGAGAAGAAAAAAGUUCGCGCCACCCUGGCAGAGAACCCUGACCUCUUUGAUGACAGGGAGGACGAAGGACAGUGAAGGGGACCGCGGAGGAUGCUAGUGCCCUCGCUCCCUGACAUCAGCAGGGUCAGGGA